AUGACUCCUACGCCCCCUUCCACUACCUCCUCAAGCGCCGGAGCUCAAUCUCCAGAAGGCCAAUAUCGGGUGGUAAGAAAGAGAAACAGGAUUCCUCUCUCAUGUGGGCCUUGCCGACACAGGAAGUUGAAGUGUAACCGGUCGCAUCCAUGUGAGAAUUGUACGAGGAGAGGUGAUGCUUCCUCGUGCUCAUAUGCUGCACCGGGCACACGAAAAAAGAAUCAAACUCAAGGCUCAACCAGUCCUGAUGACAUGCAAAAUCGUAUUGACCGUUUAGAAGGUUUAGUCUUAUCCUUGAUGACAAAUGGUGCUUCAUCUGCAGGCCCAGCAGCCGCCACUGCUGCCAUUAACCGUUCUCACAGCGAAAGUGUCGGUUCAUCUUUUCCUCCUGACAUAGAACAAGACGACGAUGACAUGAUCAAAGAAGAAGGUGAUGAGGAUAGCGAUGUAGAUGGCGUCGCUAACUCAUUGGGCAUCAUGAAGGUUGACCCUGAUAAAGGAAAAACAACAUAUCUAGGAGAUUCGCACUGGCAUCUGGUCUUAAAAGAUAUCGCAGAAGUCAAAUCCUAUUUCAGUAGUCAUAAAAAAGAACUCGAAAAGAAUUACGAGAAAAUCAAAUCUUCAAACCCUCCUGUCAAUGAUGAUACCGCAUUUCUAAUCGGUGCACAUUCGCCAGCUACGGACGAUGAGCUUCGAAAAGCACUUCCUCCCAGAUCUGAGGUUGAUAAAAUCAUCACGAGAUAUUUGCACACUUACGACCCGUCUAUACACAUUAUACACGCUCCGACUUUCCAUAAGGAGCUGCAGGCCCACUGGCAAGAUCCCGCGAAGACCUCGAUUGUAUGGCUAGGCCUUUUAUAUUCAAUUCUCUGUUUAGCCAUGCAAUCAUACCAAAAGAUCGGGGAUGAACCACCGGAAUGGAAAGGUCGUACUCUCGAGGUAGCUAGUGAAUUCAGGCAGCGCACGGUCCAGUGUCUUGUCAAUUCCGAUUAUACCAAGUCAUCACUUUACACGAUUGAAACAUUGAUUCUAUACGUACACGGUGAAUAUGCGAGCCGAUGGGAUUCUGAAGUAGGCCUUUGGGUCAUAAUAGGCAUGAUCACUCGAUUAUCAAUGCGGAUGGGUUAUCAUCGAGAUCCAAGCAACUUUGCAGGUAUCUCUGUCUUCCAUGGCGAGAUGCGUCGUCGAAUUUGGGGAUUUGUGCGCGCCAUGGACACGAUGUUUUCCUUCCAGUUGGCCCUUCCGAGUAUGAUCCGUGAUAGCGACUGUGAUACAAAACCUCCUCGCAACAUAUUUGAGGAUGAGUUUGGUCCGGAUUCGAAGACAUUACCACCCGAGAGACCGAAGACUGAGCCUACCCCUAUAUCUUACAUGCUCUCCAAAAUCAACAUAACAAAUGAACUGAACUGCAUAAUGGAGGAAAUACAAAGUGUUAAUCCUAAAGGCAUUGCAUAUGAUGAUGUUCUCGCGCGCGAUAAUAAAUUGUGGGAAUUAAAACGGAACCUUGCUCCUCACCUUCGACUCCAGCCCUUGGAAGAAUGUACACAUGAUUCUGCGACGCUCUUGAUGCAGAGGUUCAAUGUGGACAUUCUUUGGCAGAAAACUAUGUGUGUCCUUCAUCGCAAGUACAUUGCACGUGCGAGACAGAAUUCUCGCUAUGAUCAUUCCCGUCGAGCCUGUGUCAAUGCUGCCAUGGAAAUCCUUCGCCAUCAACACAAAAUCCAUCUGGAAUCCAAACCUGGGGGACGAUUGCGUUCGAUGAGUUGGGCGGUUUCACCCCUUACCAAACACGAUUAUUUACUCGCUGCAAUGAUAGUCUGCUUAGAGCUUCAUUAUGGGAGUAUUUGUCCGCCGGACAGACAUUUCUGGAAAAAAGAAGAACUUGCCGAUAUGCUCAAGGCUGUUGAAACCUCUCAAAGUAUUUGGAGUGAGACGAUGGAGGAAUCGAUGGAGGCAUUUAAAGCAUGCAAAACUUUGAAUAUUAUUCUUGAGAAGAUGAAAGCUUGUAGGGAACCAGCGGCCAUUGCUUGUGCCACACCAAUGAGUACAGUCGACGCUUUUUCACAAUUCGAUGAUGAGAACCUCAGACCCGAGCAAUCAGCAGCUAUGACUUUGGGUAUGCUUUCUGGUGGUCUAUCACCAAACUCAGCAGCUAUGUUCAACAACGUGGGCCAGGCAUCAGCAGGAUAUUCGAACAUGGACCUGAAUAUGGGUGAUUCAAGUGGAAGUGGUCUCACUCCGUACGCACUCGAUAAUAAUGUUAACCCCUUUGCCACCAUGAACGGCGGCGCAUCCCCAUUCUCCAUGUUCGGCAACACCGGUAAUGCUCCUGGAAUGAUGGAUCUACCGGCGAAUGUUGACUGGGAACAAUGGGAUCAUUUUAUCGGAAAUUCAAAUGUAAUCGAUCCAUCAUUUCAGUUCUACCCACCGAAUCUAGACACUUCACCACCGGGCGGGGACGGUCAAGGACAAGGACAACAACAGGACCCGUCAAAUCCAUACGUAGGUCCUUUUAUGGGUGCAAAUACUCCUGGUAGAUGA